AGCCCCUCCGCCGUCAGUCUCGCGCCUACAAACUUUUUACCUCCUCGCAGUGACGAGCUUUCUCCCCCGCUGCCCACAUGGCAUGCGUAACGGGGACGAGUGGAUGGAUGUGCCCUCCUCCUCCCCACGAAGCCUCAGUUUUCACCAGCGCGUAGUGGACGUACUGGCGCGAGCCCACGAGCAGAAACUUGCGUUCAAACCUUUUUUGUUGUUUGUUUGUCGCUCGUGUUGAAGAAGCGCGUGGAGGCGGGGAGACGUGGUAGACGCAGCCGGCAGAAUGUGGUCUCUGUCCGUGGUCCUGAACCCGCUGCUGUUCCUGCUGCUGUUCGGAUACUGCCCUUCAGUGACGAUCAGGCCAAAGGAAGGGUGGCAGGUGUACAGCUCAGCACAGGAUGCAGACGGGCGUUGUAUCUGCACAGUGGUGGCACCUGAACAGAAUCUGUGCUCCAGAGAUGCCAAAGGCAGACAGCUCCGCCAGCUCCUGGAGAAGGUGCAGAACAUGUCGCAGUCAAUUGAGGUGCUGAACCUGCGGACGCAGAGGGACUUUCAGUAUAUCAUGAGGAUGGAGAGCCAGAUCAAAGGCCUACGGUCAAAGUUUCGACAGAUCGAAUCGGACAGGAAGACACUCGUCAACAAAAACUUUCAGGAGCUUAAAGGAAAGAUGGAGUCUCUGCAGCCCCUGAUCCCUGUCCUGGAGCAGUACAAGACAGACGCCAAGCUCAUCUCCCAGUUCAAAGAGGAGAUCAGAAACCUGUCUGGUGUGUUAAUGGGUAUCCAGGAGGAGAUGGGAGCCUAUGACUAUGAGGAGCUGCAACAAAGGGUCCUCAACUUGGAAAAUCGUCUUCGUAACUGUAUGAGCAAACUGACAUGUGGCAAGCUAAUGAAGAUCACUGGACCGCUGACGGUGAAAACUUCAGGGACCAGAUUUGGAGCCUGGAUGACCGACCCACAGGCGUCUCCCAAAAACAACAGGGUUUGGUAUAUGGACAGCUACACCAACAACAAAAUAGUCAAAGAGUAUAAAUCCAUCGCUGAUUUUGUGGCAGGAGUGGAGUCUAGAACCUACAACCUGCCUUUUAAAUGGGCUGGAACCAACCACGUGGUGUACAACGGCUCUCUGUACUACAACAAGAUGCAAAGUAACAUCAUAGUGCGCUACAGCUUUGAGACGGGCCGCGUCGUCACCCAGAGGGCUCUGGAGUCGGCAGGUUUCCACAACGUCUAUCCCUACACCUGGGGAGGCUUCUCCGACAUCGACCUGAUGGCCGACGAGCUGGGCCUGUGGGCUGUGUACGCAACCAACCAGAACGCAGGAAACAUUGUCAUCAGCCAGCUGAACCCGGACACACUGCAAAUCCUCAACACAUGGAACACAGAAUAUUCAAAGAGGAACGCCGGAGAGUCUUUUAUGAUCUGUGGGACGCUCUACAUCACUAACUCCCACCUGACUGGUGCCAAAGUCUACUAUGCCUACUCCACUAAAACCUCCACAUAUGAAUAUACAGACAUUCCUUUUCAUAACCAGUACUUCCACAUGUCUAUGCUGGACUACAACGCCAGGGACCGCGCCCUGUACGGCUGGAACAACGGACACCAGGUCCUGUUCAACGUCACACUUUUCCACAUCAUUAAAACUGAGGACGACUCUUAAAGGAAGGAAAAAAUGGAUGGUUUCACCUGAAUGUUCUCAUCAUUUAUUACUUUAUUGAAUCUAACUUUUGAGUUUUAUGCAUUUACGGUAAUUUAUGAACUACCAUUGAACCAUCUGCCUGUUUCCAUAUGGUUUAUUAACAGAUAUUUAUUUAAGUGACAGCACAAAAGCAGAAUAGUUUGAGUGCAUUUUGAAAACCAUUGCAGGUACAUUUGGACUAAAUGAUGGCACUUUAAUUAGGCAACUUAAAAAAAUAAUACAGUGAACAUGUAGUCAUCUGUGCAGCUUCUCCACCUUUUGUCAAAAUGAAAGCUUUUCACAUUUCAAGCCUUCAUAUUUAUAAUGAUUUCCCCUUUCAGUUCUACAUUUAUUGAAGCCUCUAAUUUAUUCAUAUUUUGACUGUGUUCACUAAUUGUUCAUUUUGUUUCUAUUCUUUCUGUGCCAUUUAUUCAUCGUAUUCUGCUAAUUUAUUCCCGCUUUCCACUGCUUUCAUUUGGCUUUCAAUUUGUCUUUGUACUUUCCCUUUCAAAAACUUGCACUUGACCUUGUACAAGACAAUGAAAAACGUGGUGAACCAUCAUGCACCUGUAUAGAUACUGUACUUGCCUUUUUUUGUGUUGAAGAUUUUCAGUCCUCCAGGUCAUGAGGUAUCUUAAAGCAAACAGUAAAACUGGUUGCCUGAUGUUAGCUUUUUUGUAUCUUCAGCUCAGUUUGUAUGCCUUAUUCAGUGGAGUACUUCUGUAAGCCCAAGGAAAACAGCUCUCGUGCAUGAAUGUUUGCUAUCCUAGUAGCAUUUUUAUCGUAACUGUAUAUCUGUGUAUUUUGUAUUUGCACAACAUCCCAUUACUCUCCUGUCUAGCUACAUUAAUGGUAAAGAUGCAUUUAUACAAACCGUACAUAACUUUAAUAAGCAUACAUAAAUGUAAAUAGUAAGUUAUACAUGACUAAAAUAAAGGUAUUGUUUUCAUUAAA